AUGCCUUGGAUAGCUGCUGCUGCAUCCGCAUCAGCGGCUUCGGCUUCAGCCCAGGCUGUCAUGUCCGUUGAUUCUUACUUGGAUUUCGCUCGACAGCAGUACACCACGCACUACUUCCACUCUCUCGUGGCUGCAGGCAGCUGCAGCAGCCCUGACCAAGCACUGCAGGUUGCAGCCGCUGCAGUGCAACAGCUGCAAACCAAUGGAUUUUUUGACUCCCUUAGACAGUCGUACGCUACGCAGCUCGCACAGAUCCAGCAGCAGCAGCAGCAGGCAGCUGCUGCAUCUGCUGCCGCUGCCUGUCAACUCCCGUCGUGGCAUCAACAGCAACAGCAGCAGCAACAGCAACAGCAGCAGCAACAGCAGCAGCAGCAGGCAGCUGCUGCAUCUGCUGCCGCUGGCUGUCAACUCCCUUCGUGGCAUCAACAGCAACAGCAGCAGCACUCUGGAGCUGCAUCUGCUGCUCCCACAGCUGCUGCUGCUGCAACAUCUGCUGCAGCGCCCCCUAAAAGGCAGCAGCGCCUCAGCAUUAUCAUCAAAUCACGCGCCUUGCCAGGAGCUGCUCAACCCGAAGCGAGCUUACAGGAGGACGCGAGCAGCAUCCUCAGAACCUUGGCAGCUAAUGACAGCCCUUCCAGUGUACCUGCGACUUCCCCCACCGCACCAACAGCAGCAACAGCGACGUCUGAGGGCAGCUCUCCCCCACGACCACUGCGUAAGCGUCGCUUCGACGUUCUUGGCACCUCUCCAACAGCAACAAAUACACAACAGCAGCAACAACAGCAGCAACAGCAACAACAACAACAAAUACAGCAACAACAAAUACAACAACAACAAAUACAACAACAACAAAUACAACAACAACAAAUACAACAACAGCAAAUACAGCCACAAGGCCACCAGCAGGAGCGGCAGAGGGGUUUUGCAGAGUUUGCAGGAUGGAUAAAUCGCGUAUAUGCGCAGUAUUCGGUGGUUAGUGGAAACAGCUCCAUUGCGGAGGUUCUCUUUAGUUAUGUUGCACGAAUGACUAGUGAAUUCAGAGGCGGCCUGUGGAUAUUCGAAUCUUGGAAUUCAAAGCCUGUCCCCUCUUUGGCAGACAUGCAACAUAUGGGUGGUAAUAACAGUAUGGGUGGUAAUAACAGUAUGGGUGGUAAUAACAGUAAGGGUGGUAAUAACAGUAUGGGUGGUAAUAACAGUAUGGGUGGUAAUAACAGUAUGGGUGGUAUUGUUAAUGAUACUAAUAAUGGUGGUAUUAUUGAUGGUUAUAGUAAUUUAAUGGUGUCAUGUUGUUUGUGUGCAGCCAUUGCAAACCGGCGUGAGAGCGGCGGUUUAGAGCACGACAAGAAUAGCGGUCCAUCGUCGAGUUGUACGGAGAGUGUGGGGAAGAUGGCGAGCCGCUUUCUUGGGAAGGAGGCUGUUCUUUCCGGCAAAGGCAGUGGGGGGGUGGAGCUGCCCGCUUCUUUCGCUGGAGGGAAGGCGGGAAGUAAGAACAGACGCGGAGAGAAUCGGCUAGCGGCAGAAGGGGAGGGUCGCUCGGUGUCUAUGAAGAAAGGGGGAAGUCGGAGGUAA